AUGGCUAGUUCUCUGAGCUUCUUGUCACAGCCCAGAAUUAGACCUGUAACCAAACGUCCUCCCAAUCCCUCAAGCUCGUUUCUUGAACUAUUGAGUGUUAGCGGUAACAGUUUACAGGUAACAAAGAACAAAGAUUUAGCUGUGGUUUCAAGAGCUUAUCAACGAGAAAUUGCUGGUGUUCAAGAAGAGAAUCUGGUGAGGCCAGAUUUUGAGCGUUUAUGCAAAGAGGGGAAAGUGGAGGCAGCUCUUGAAAUCAUGGAUGAAAAGGAGAGGAAUGGAGGUUAUGCAGACUUGCUCGAUAUUGUAAAGUUGAUACAAGUUUGUGCUGAUUUGAAAUUGCUGGAAGCAGGGAAAAAGGUAGAUGAGUAUGUUAUGAGGUCUUCAUCAAAGUUCAAGUCCAGUGUUGUUGUGCUGAAUAAUCUAAUGGAGAUGUACUGUAAACUGGGCAAUACAAAUGGGGCAAGAGAAAUAUUUGAGCAAAUGGGAGUGAGAAAUUUGGAUUCUUGGAACAAGAUGCUGUUGGGUUUAGCAGAGAACAAGGAAGGAGAAAAGGCUCUUGAAAUCUUUUCCCAGAUGAAAGGAGAUGGGAUUAGGCCAGAUGGUUCUAGCUUUGUUGGUGUUUUAAUGGCUUGUGCAUGCUUAGGAGCAGAGAAGGAAGGACAGAAACAUUUCGAGUCAAUGAGCAGGGAUUAUGGAAUCACUCCCACGGUAGAGCAUUAUGAAGUUAUCGUUGAUCUUCUUGGAAGAACGGGAAAGAUAGCGGAGGCAAAGGAGUUAGUUUCAAAUAUGCCAAUUGAUCAAAACUCCAGAAUUUGGGAGACUCUACGGAAGUACUCCAAAGCCAGAACACAAGGGCAACCGGGUUAUCCAGUAUCACCACCUGGAUUGAAACUUGUUGACAUGAAAAGGGCAAAAGACAACACCAACACAAAUCAUAGAAGAGUGACUUCAGACAGAAGCAAGGCAUAUGAAAAGUUGAGGUCUUUGAGCAAGGAGGUAAGGAAUGCUGGAUAUGUGCCGGACACAAGGUUUGUUCUUCAUGAUCUUGACCAAGAAGCGAAGGAGAAGGCAUUGUUCUACCACAGUGAAAGGCUAGCCAUUGCUUAUGGGCUUAUCAAUACACCUCCUGGGACCACUUUAAGGAUAAUGAAAAACCUAAGGAUUUGUGGGGACUGUCAUAAUUUCAUCAAGAUCCUCUCCAAAAUCGAGGACCGAGAGUUUAUCGUGAGAGACAACAAGAGGUUUCAUCAUUUCAAGGCUGGAAACUGUUCCUGUCGGGAUUACUGGUAG